ACUCCAAACAAAACCAAGUCAAAACUAUAUUAUAUAUCCAAAUCCCAUUUCUCUUCUUUUAUCUUUCUCUCUAAUGGCUGCUUCAAGUUUCUCAUUUCCCACUUCUUCUUCAUUCAUGACCACUUCUUUCACCGACCUUCUUGCUUCUUCAGAUGAUUAUCCUAUUACCAAAGGACUUGGUGAUAGAAUUGCUGAGAGAACUGGUUCUGGAGUUCCUAAGUUCAAGUCUCUACCACCUCCUUCACUUCCUUUAUCUCCUCCUCCUUUUUCGCCUUCCUCUUACUUUGCUAUUCCUCCUGGUUUAAGUCCUACUGAACUCUUGGACUCACCUGUUCUCUUGUCAUCUUCAAACGUUCUUCCGUCUCCCACAACAGGGAGUUUUCCAGCUCAGGCUUUUAAUUGGAAGAGCAGCAGCAACAAUCAGGAUGUUAAACAGGAAGAAAAAAACUGCUCUGAUUUUUCCUUCCAGACACAAGUAGGGACAGCUGCAUCAAUAUCUCAAUCCCAAACUAGCCAUGUCUCUUUGGGGCAGCAAGCAUGGAAUUAUCAAGAGCCCACAAAGCAGGAUGGUCUAUCAUCCGAUCAAAAUGCUAAUGGAAGAUCUGAAUUCAACACUAUGCAGAGUUUUAUGCAGAAUAAUGAUCAUAGCAAUAGCGGGAACGGAUACAACCAGAGUAUAAGGGAGCAGAAAAGAUCAGAUGAUGGGUACAAUUGGAGAAAAUAUGGGCAGAAACAAGUAAAAGGUAGUGAAAAUCCAAGAAGUUACUACAAGUGUACAUACCCAAAUUGUCCCACCAAGAAGAAGGUUGAAAGAUCAUUAGAUGGCCAAAUUACUGAGAUUGUGUAUAAGGGUAAUCACAACCACCCAAAGCCUCAGGCUACCAGAAGAUCGUCGUCAUCCACAGCUUCAUCUGCAAUCCAAUCUUACAAUACACAAACCAACGAAAUCCCAGAUCAUCAAUCCUAUGGUUCAAAUGGUACAGGACAAAUCGAUUCAGUUGCAACACCUGAGAAUUCUUCUAUUUCAUUUGGGGAUGAUGAUCAUGAGCACACUUCUCAAAAGAGCAGGUCAAGAGGAGAUGAUCUUGAUGAAGAGGAACCAGACUCGAAAAGAUGGAAAAGAGAAAGCGAAAGUGAAGGUCUAUCUGCACUUGGGAGUAGGACAGUUAGAGAACCUAGAGUUGUAGUUCAAACUACAAGUGAUAUCGAUAUCCUAGAUGAUGGUUAUAGAUGGAGGAAGUAUGGUCAAAAAGUAGUGAAAGGAAAUCCUAAUCCCAGGAGCUACUACAAAUGCACAAGUCCAGGAUGUCCAGUAAGAAAACAUGUGGAAAGGGCAUCACAAGAUAUAAAGUCAGUGAUAACAACCUAUGAAGGGAAGCACAACCAUGACGUUCCGGCAGCUAGGGGCAGUGGAAACCACUCAAUUAAUCGACCUAUUGCCCCGACCAUUACGAACAACAAUAGUGCCAUGGCCAUAAGACCCUCCGUGACAUCUCAUCAGUCCAACUAUCAAGUUCCAAUGCAAAGUAUAAGGCCACAACAGUUUGAAAUGCGAGCACCCUUUACGCUAGAGAUGUUGCAGAAGCCUAAUAAUUAUGGUUUCUCAGGAUAUGCCAAUUCAGAGGAUUCAUACGAAAACCAACUUCAGGACAAUAAUGGGUUUUCUAGAGCUAAGAACGAACCUCGAGAUGACAUGUUUAUGGAGUCAUUGCUUUGCUGAGAUAUCUUGGUAAUGAAAGGAGCACAAGUCGAAGUUUAUGAAAUAAGAAACUUUUAACUGUUUGUUUUUUGCAUGAAGAAUAUGAUAGGAAGCAUUUUGAUUUCAUUUGUUAAUAGAUCACAUACUGUUUAUUUUUUUUGUGUGUACAUUUUGAACUAGGAAAGUUGUUUGUUGUAAAUUCAAUCAAAUGCAGUGUAGAAGUUCAUGAAAUUUUGAUUUCAGUUACCACUGUUACGGAGGGUGUAUUCUUUAGGAUAGGAAUGUAAAAGCCCCAACUCAUGACUAUAUGACACUGAUUCUUUCUAUCAGAUUUUCAAGUUUUAUGUAUUCAAGAAGAUUGUUGUCUUUCAAGAUGCUUGGUAAAAUUGAGAACAAAACGUCUUUCUAGCAGUUUCCUUUCGUUCGUUUAAA